UCAUAUUAUGCGCCUGAAGUAGAAAGGACCCUGGCGCAGGUUAUCCCGGGAAGGGCAGAGAGAUGUUUUUAAGAGUUGCCGUCCGCGGUUGGAAAUUGACCGGGAGUCCCGGGGCCCAAAAUGUGGCUCAGCUUCAUCUCAGCGUCAGAAACGAACUUAGGUAUGGCUACUGGGCAUAUGUACUUGGCGAGAGGAGCUCCAAGAGGUUUGGAGAACACAGCAAAAUUAUCACUGUUGAUGGGAACUUGGCUUCUGGCAAAGGGAAGCUAGCACAGCAGCUGGCAGAGAGACUGGGCAUGCGCUACUUCCCAGAACCUGAUGUGCAUUUCCUAGAGAAAGGUGUAAGCGAUGGAAAGGCCCUUGAGAGCAAAUUUAAUGGCUACUGCAGUUUGGAAAAGUUCUAUGAUGACCCCAAAUGUCCUGAUGGGAACUCAUAUCGCCUGCAGUUCUGGAUGUACAGCAUGCGCUUUAUGCAAUAUUCUGAUGCCCUUGAACAUCUUUUGAGCACAGGUCAAGGAGCAGUACUGGAACGGUCUCCAUUCAGUGACUUUGUGUUCCUAGAUGCCAUGUAUAAGAAUGGUUACAUCCGGAAACAAUGCUUGUCCCAUUACAAUGAAAUUAAGGGUGUGAGCAUAGAUGAGUACCUGCCCCCUCACCUGGCAGUUUACAUAGAUGUCCCAUCUGCAGAUGUGCACAAGAAUAUCAUGGAGAAAGGAAAUGCUGCUGAGAAGAAAGUUUCCUUGUCUUACCUUCAAAGUAUUGAGGAAGUCUACAAAACCACUUUCCUUCCACAAAUCAGAGAGACUUCGGAGGUUUUACAGUACACCGGGAGCGAAGCGCAGGAUGUGGAAAAGGUUGUUGAAGACAUUGAAUAUCUAAAGUUUGACAAAGGCCCAUGGACAGAGCAAGAUGACAUCAGCCUCCAUCACCUACGCAUGCUGGUGGAGGACAAAGACAAAAUUGCAAGUAUGAUAGUCCUGCCGAGGUACCUUCCAGAAGUCACCAUUGGGGCUUUAGAGUAUGAUGCGGCAUACUAUAAGUACAGAUCGUUGCCUGGAAAGCAAUUUGCAGAAGGAUACAACGCUGAUGUGGGGGACAAGCUGAUCUGGCUGAAGUGAGAAAAAAAUGGAAGCAUGGACAACAAACCAGAGCAUGUUAUCUUCCAGGAAAUAUGUUGUAGGCUUAUUGGUGGGACUUAUUUUGGAAUACUGAAUUGGAUUUGGUGACUGUUAUCUGUCAGAUACAGAUUCCAUCAUUCAUUCCCUGGUUUGUCUGUUCUCAAACAUAAAAAAAUGUAUUUAAUAAAUUUAAUACUAUUACAGACA